AUGCAACCAAACAUAUUUACUCCAGCUGCAAGACAGGUCACAAAGCUCACAGACAAGACCAAAGUGGCACUUGAAGAGAGACUUGAAGCUACCGGCCUGUCAAAGAAGUACAAGAUUGAUGUGAAGGGCACAAGUGCAGUCUCCAACAACUCAAAGAAAGCAAAACAAAACCCUCCCACUGAUAUAUCCAAAGAUAGACCAGUCACUGGUACAUCCAAAGAUAGGCCAGUUGCUAAAGCCUCUUCACCUCCACCUGAUGUGGGAACAGCAGCAAAGCCUUGUGAAAUUUGCUGUGCCAUUGUUCACACUGAGGAAGAGGAAGAAGUGUUGUAUGACAAUGCCAUUGUUAUUGAUGACAAGAGCGAGAAAAGCAGAGGCGAGGCUGGUAACGAGGCUUCAAGUCCAGAGAGUGCUGAGGACAAUGCUGUGCAAAAGGGUUGUAAGGCCACAAUCCAAUGGUUCUUGGACAAAAAGGAUGCCCAAUUGAUGGGGAACAUGCACAAACAUGUCAAAUCUUGUUGGAGGAAAGAUAUGCUCAAUGCUGCUGAUGACACCAAAGAUGUGGAUGAAGUGCGAACAAAAAUUAUCGGAGGUAUCCUAAAGAACAGGUCAAUCAUGGCAUCCUUCAAAUGUAAGGGAAAGGAAAAAGGCAGAAAUAGUGUGUUGGGUAUUGGAGAGUCUGCAUCCAUUCAAGAUAGUCAAGGAUUGAGGAUUUCAGUCAUUGAUGAAGACCAGAAGGCCAGAGUAUUACAUACCUUUGCCAUCCACAAUUUCAUGUGA